AUGAGACCCGCAGCAACAGCGGUAGCAGCCACCGCCGCCGCGCUCCGAGCCGCGUUCCUCGCCCCUCCCGCUGCCGCCUUCCGCCUCCUCCCUCCUCGCCGUGUCUUCCUCCUCCCCCUGCACCGCCUCUCCUCCUCCUCCUCCCCGACCGCCCCGCCUUGCGCCGCUUCCUCCGACUCCCAGCCGCCGCCGUUGCCUGCCUUCAUGGACGCUCAGUUCGAGUCCUUCCGGUCGCAGCUCGAUGGCUCCUCCGCCCUCCGCGACCGCAUCCGCGCCGUCGUCUCCGAGGUCGAGUCAGCCUCCCGGGCCGCCUCCGCUGCGCUCCUCCUCAUCCACCAGCCCGUCCCCAUCUCUGAUGUGCUCGGCAAGGCGAAGGCGCAGGUGGAGGUGAUCAAGGGGCUGUACUCUCAGCUCGCGGAGAUCCUCAAAGAGUGCCCCGGUCAGUACUACAGGUACCAUGGGGACUGGAAGAGUGAGACACAGUCUGUGGUGUCGAUGCUAGCGUUCACGCACUGGCUCGAGACUGGUGGCCUGCUCACGCACGCCGAGGCCCAGGAAAAGCUAGGAUUGGGUUCUGGAGAGUUUGGCCUGGACGUUGAAGACUACCUGACUGGGUUGUGCUUCAUGUCCAAUGAUUUUCCUAGAUAUGUAGUGAAUCGGGUCACGGCGGGCGACUACGACUGUCCACGGAAGGUGCUAAGCUUUUUGACUGAUCUGCACGCUUCAUUUAGGAUGCUGAAUCUGCGCAAUGACUUCUUGCGUAAGAAAUUUGAUGGGAUGAAGUAUGAUUUGAGAAGGGUGGAGGAAGUAUUUUAUGAUGUGAAGAUACGCGGACUUGUCCCUGGGGAGUCAAAGCAAGAGGUUGCUCAGUCAUAG